GCAUCUUUGACAGUUGUUUAUUUUUGUGCAAAUUAGGUUAGAAUCCCCGUAAAAAUACAACAGAACAUAAAAAAUGCACUGUCUGUCCACACUAACGUAACAAAUCAACCCCAUUUUUUCCAGUUUCGUGCUCCCAAACCCAACCCUAACCCCAAAAUGCUGAAAAUCCGUGCCCUCAACCGGGAGUCUUCCUCCGACGAAGACGUCCCAGUAAUCCGAAGAGAAGCCCAGGAAGAAAUCGCCCUGGAACUCUACAACAAAGCCCUGCGCCUGCAAUCAAUCGAAAACGUGGCAGAGGCCGAAGAAAUCUUACUCAAUUUGCUCAACGAAAACAUUCCUCAACUCGAAAACAAUGGGGGGCUGCCGUCUUCAAUGUCCACCCUCAAGUACUCGUGUUGUGUUAAUAUAGGCAACGUUUAUGUGAAGAAAGGGGAUAUAGAUAACGCGUUGGAAUACUAUUUGAAUGCUUCUGAAUUGGAUGGCACGGAUGUGACGCUGUGGCACAAGAUUGGGAAAUUAGCACUGAAACAAAACAGAUUUCGGCAGGCAGCUUUUGCGUUUUCUAGGGGACUUGACUGUAGCGAGUCACAUUGGCCAUGUUUAGAUCAGUUAAUUUCUGUGUUGUAUGCCCUCAAAGACACAAUCGGGUGUCUUGUAUAUAUUGGGAAAGCGUUAACACUGGACUCAGAUUAUACCAAAGGGUUAGUGUUACGAAAGCAGAUUUAUAAGGACAAUCCAGCAACUUUACCCUACUAUCAAAAAUAUAACCCUGAUUAUAUUUGGGAGCCUCCUCUCACUGUAGAAAUAGAUGAAAAUGAUGAAAAACUUAUCCUUGAUAAAGAACAAAUUCUUUGUGAUAGACUCACAGAGGUAGAGAAAUCUCAAGGUCCUAAACCUUUACAAACAAUCCCUUUACCUAAAGCACUUGAUGACUAUACAUGGGUGGCUUUAGGUAAAGUGGUAAUAGAUCUCCAUCAAUACAUUACAGACAACAACAUGAGUCAUUUUACUAUGGUUGAUAUAAGCAAGUGCAUGAGUCAAAACAACGACGUUGAAAUGGAAGAAGCGCCAAAAUUCGAGGUCCCGCCAGAGAACAAAGUGGUUGAAGAAGUUGUUGAAAAAGCCGCGGAAGUAGAAGUGGAAGAAGAAAAAGAAAAAGAUUUAAAAGAGAAAGAAAAAAUGGAAGUGGAAAGUGUGUUAGAAAGAAGGCAGUCGCAAAAUAGCGAAACUAAUAAUGAAGGACAGGAAAAUACGCCCAUUCAAACAGACAAUGAUGAGGAGCAAGCCAUGGAACAAGACGGAGACGACCAGGACGACAACAACGACAGCAAGACUGAUAAAAAUCGGUCUUUAAACAAGAGUAAUAAACGGAAACGUGACCUUUUGUCGGAUUUGCAAAUUUGGGGGUGGCACAGUAAGCGAAAGUCGGCCAAAAAGGGGAAGUCUGAUAAAGAUUUUACAGUGGAGGAUGCCCUGAAUAGGAUUAUUCCAAAAAAGUUGCUGAAAAGUAAAGUUGGUGAAGAAAAGUUAAACCAGUUUGAAGACUCUCUAAAUACUAUAGAUAUGUAUAAUAUGUAUGCUGCUGAUGAACCUGCUAAUAUUUUGUCGCCUGUGCACUCCCUGACAGCAGCCACUCAAGAAGAAUACUUCGGUACCGAUCAAGAAAAAGAAGAUGUCCUUUCUUUGUGGACGAAACCUCGCGACUACUGCGACGCCAUCGUCCUGCUUAAAGACUUCGUCAUCGCUUUAUCCAAACUAUGGUCGGCGAAGUGGCCCAAAGAUUUAGUACACAUGUACGUCGAGGCUUACUCCAUGUACAGGGAACACUUCGACCACCCUGAGUACUUUUCCGGGGAAACACCGUUCCUAGAAUUGAAGGACGACGCCAUGGCGACUUUGCUCUACGGGGAGUUGCUUACUUUCAGUUCUCCCAAGUCUGAGGUGAGAGUCAUCCACGUGACUUCGUUGGGGUUUUUGCAAUUUGUGUGUGGUUGGGAGGACGACUGGCACGACGAGUAUCCUUCAGUUUUGCUGAGGGUGUAUUGGCUGAGGACGCAUAUUUUUAGAAAGGAAGGGAACAACGAUCUGGCUAUUAGAGCACUAGAAAUGAUACAUGAAGUGAUGCUCGAAGAAGAGAAGAAAAAGGAGCAAUUAUACGUACUAAAUUUGCCUAAUUGUUUCAAAUGUGGCGCUAUUAAUAGUGAAGUUGUUACAAAAAUCCUGAAACAUCUAGACAUGAUUACGUCGCUGAACUGCAUUGAGGAGUUAUACAACGGUGAAAAAUAUAGAGAUGUGGCUGAAAUUUUAAAAUUGACUUUUAAUAGUUCGGGGAAUCACCCCACUUGUGGUAAAAUGGGUAGACCGGCUCAGUUGGCCAUGCUCAUGCAUUCUUUGUGGUAUACUGAUCUCACGGAGUGUUUUGUGUGGACGGAGGAGUGCUUGUUUGAGGCCGUCGGGCACUUUUUGAAACCGGUACGAAACGCCGACAAGUGGGAGAAAAUCGUGGAAAAGUGUCUCGCGUUUUUCCAAGAGAUCAUCAAAAUGGAAACCGUGGGAGUCGUUGAUGCGUUAAGUGAAGAUAAGCGCGCCCGUCUCAUCGAAACUUUAGCCAAAAUAGUAUGCAAACAACUAAAUACAGACAACGUGUCUAAAAUUCCCCUGGGGUGUGUGACACCCUGGAUAUUACUCCACUACAUUCUAGUGAGGGAAGAACACCGCCAGCAAGCAAGUAAACGAGUAAGUCACAUUAAAACCGACAAAACCGACACCGACCUCGACACUUCGGACACCCAAAACGAAGAACUACCACCUUCAGUCGCCAUUUUGUUCUCCGCUCACGAAUUUCUAGGUCCGAGGGGGUGGUGCCUCAUCGGAAACGGCGAACUCCUCCACUUCAUCUUGGACACAAUCCUCGACCGUUUGGACACCCCUAUAUUCGAGCCAUUCCGCGAAAAAAUCGACAUCCACAUCGAGCAGUCGCUGUUUUGCUUGUACCAACACCCCAGCAAAAAGAACAAAAUUUCGCGCCACCUAGCGGACCAUAAUGUCGACCCUUUGUCACUAACGUGGGAGCGCGCGUUUCAACUGUACGACUUCUACGGUCCGGAUUGCCUCCCCGAGUUCAACUCGUACAAGAAUGCGUCGAUUUCGUCAGAUUUGGAGCAACUGUUGCAGAGAAUUAUAGCGCUAGUUCCACCCGCAAUGGACCCCCAACCCCACAUGUCCAAACUAUCCGAUUUCAUCCAAGGCAAAACCGACGAACUCCCUGACCCGAUUAAAUUCUCGACUAAAGUGCGCGCCAUCUACUAUUUAAUCGGCGACUACUACUUCAAACAAAGGGAGUUCACGCGCUGCAUUAAGUAUUUUUUGAUGGAUCUGUGCAUUAACCCCACGCGCGUCGACUCGUGGGCGUGCGUGGGCUUAAGCUACUUAAGUCAGUUGGAGAAUAAGCUCAACUAUUGUAAAAAACUCAGGAGUGAGAUGGAGUUUCUGGAUAAGGCGAAGUGUGCUCAGAUUAGUUUCAGGCAAGCGCUGGAGAUUGAGAAGGAUCAUAUUAUGCUGUGGAUCGAGUUUGGGUCGUUUGAGUACAUGGUGCAUUCGUUCUGCUCGAGGGUUAUGAAGAGCGAGUCGGAUACUCUGAGUAUGGAACGGUUUGAGUAUCUCGAGAACCAGAAGAAUAAUUAUUUGGAGAGUUCGGGGGGGAGUUUCGAGAAGGCGAUUCAGUUGUACCAGCCGGACGAAGUCGAUCCGGAUGAGAGGUGGUUGCAGUAUUAUAUUUUGGGGAAGGUGGCGGAGAAGAAGCAGGAGGAGCCGCAGGCGUACUUGAAGUAUUAUGUUAUGGCUAGCAAACUCCUCCACGAAAACAACGCCAUGUACCCCGACAAAAUCAACUACCACAACCCCCAGCACCUAUCCGUAGAAGCCCUAGAGUUACACUACAGAAUCCACGCAUCCGUCUUGAAAUACCUAGAACUCCACGAAGGCAAAGAAAUCCCCAACUCCGUCGGAAACCUCUUCAAAGAGCACCUAGACAAGUCCUACUUCCCCAAGAAAACCCUCGUCAAACAAUUAAUAUCAAACACGGCUCCCGCGCCAGCCGCCAAAGACCCGAAAAUCAAAAACGAAGACAUCCUCAAAGAAGUCAAAAACUGCAUCAACGAUAUGUUGAGCAAAAUCGCAAGUAGCGCCAAAGACCCCGUUUCGACUAAAAAAGACGACGGCACGGACGUCAUCAUGAUUUCCGAUUCGGACGACGAGUCGAAAGCACAGGCUGAGGUGAGUAAGAUCGAGUUUCCGCCAAAGGGAGCAGGUCAGGACGUUCAGGAUUUUCUGGAUAAGAUGAUGGAAGAAACGAUGAAGAAGACUGAGGAGCAGGAGCCGGAUUCGGACACUAGUUUGACGAGCAAGAACGUUGUGGAAGUAAAAAUGGAGGAAACGAAGGUGGAGAAAGUUGAAAAUACUAAAGUGAAGAGUGGAAGCGAAACGGAAACCGAUAUAAGAACGUCAGUUGAUGAGUCGAGUAGUUCCCCGAGUUCUUCAAGUAGUUCGUCCAGUAGUUCUGAUUCAGACAGCGACGACGAUAGCAGUUCUUCUUCGUCGUCUUCGUCGUCAGAAACUACUAAUGGAAAUAUGUCUAAUAGCGACAUUCUUGCACUCAUUGAUCGCUGUAUUGUUGGGUUGGAACAGUGUGUUAUACGUCUGCCUCAAAAUUACAAAGCGUUAUACAGACUCGCGCAUUUAUAUUUCAACUACAAAAGCAGAAAGGACUUAAGUAAAAGCAAACAAUUAUUAUUGGGUGAAUACACCUGCAAAGGCGGCGUCGUCAUCACAGGAUUAUUUUCAGAUCGCAAAAAUCACAACUUUUUCAACGGAAUUUGGAGAAUACCAUCAAGCGAAAUUGACCGUCCUGGCUCUCUAUCUGCCCACAUGAGCCGCUGCAUCACUCUUCUCCUGCAAAUUUUGCGUGCCACUAAUGAUAAUAAGCUCCUUCUAGAUCUCUCGAUGCAGUUCAGAAAAGCUCCGGACCCCGAUAAAAUUUAUAUCAAAGAUUCGGAGAGGUUACAGUUUGCGGACCAAGCCAUGGCGAUGUGUAUUCAGUGUUUGAGGGCGCAGAUACAGAAUGUGGCAAAUAUGAAUGAUACGGCUGUUCAGAGACUUCUGCAGGAUAUAUUUAGGUCGUAUCAGCGCGUGCAGAAGCACGAAACCGCCAAGGAGGCCACGUUUGCGGCGAUGUUGACCGAGGUGUACAAGAAAAUGAAGAAGGGAAAGAUCCCCGAAAACGCCAACGUCCUAGACUUAGCGACCAAAUUCUGCCAACAAAACCGCAUCGUAGAAAAACAAAAGCGCCAACUCCAAAAUCAAGCAGCAGCAGCACUGCUACGAGGACCAGGAGUCGCCAAUCCCCCGGUUUUACCAGCGCCAUCUACGGUAGGUCCGUCUAAUCAACCCCCUCUUAAAAGACCCGGAAUGGGCAGACCUCGCGGCCGCCCCCCUCUACCUAAAGUACCCGGACAACCACGAGUACACAGAGGUCGUAGCCCGAACAUCGCUUCAAACCCAUACUCUUGGCAAAAAUCCUUCAUGGAACAAAACGCCACCUACAACUACCUCAAACACUACCAAGAAGAACUAAUCAAACAGUACAGUCAGAGUUUAAGUUUGACUCAACUCACUCAGUUGAGUCAAUAUUUCACGCAAACUCAGUUCGCUAACGCGCUGGCGCAAAGUCAAUUCAGUAAUCAGUUUCUAACAAGCGGACAAAAUCCUAUACUCAGUAACGCCAACUUGCUCAAACAGUUUAUGCCGUCGCAAUUAAGUGAGAAGAGUACGUCGUAUGGUAAAAAGAAGAGUGAAGUGUCCAUCACCCCGAACUUGACGAUGGAGUCUCUGAAGGCGUUCGCGGCGUUGGAUCCAGGGUCGAAGUCCUCGGGUUUUACCACCAAGAAGGUUCUUCCACAAACUAUCACCUCUGGGUCGCAAGCAACGACUAUCACUAAAGUUAAGUCGACGGUUCCGUCAAGUAUGUAUAACGUUAAUCUACCACAUGCACUGACAAAUCAACAAGCACCUAUUAAUUUGGGUAACAAAGCUAAGACGUAUCCUUCCAAAACAGAGACUAUCACGCAUUCAGUUACGUCAAUGAGUCAGGUUCCAGUUACUUGUAAAGCGAAGCCUGUGUACACGCCGGGGAGUUUUAAGGGGAUUUAUACAGCGGGGACGAGUUAUGGGGCGGCGGAUAUCACGAAACUGAGCAAGAGUGGGACGGCGGUCACCAAAACGACAGCGAGUUCGCAGAUUUUCAAGGAACCCAUGAUUUCCAAAGCCCACAGCAACAUCCACCAAAAAGCCAUGGACAAGGCUGCCAACAUCCUCAUGAAAGACCGCCCCAACAUCUCCAUAACCCCCGUACUGCAGGGUUCCAUUCCCCUCAUAACCACCUCCUCCUUCGUAACACCCAGCCAACCCAGCUCGGGUAAGACCCUCCAGGAAAAACUCGCCGAUAAGCAAAAACAGCACUCCUCCAAGCAACUCGGUAGGAACAUAGAAGCCGAAAUUAUCACGACGCCAGUAAGUGCCAGUUCUAUCAAAAAAAGUCUCAAUAUCCCCAGCAUUCCGUCAUCGCUGACCGUCUCCAAAGCGUCGACUUACAAAUUCCCGAUGGAUUCGGGCAUCUCCAUAAGUCAGAUCCCAGUCACCCAACCAUACAAAACUAUGGAAGCCGUGAACCUACACAGGAAGGAACCCAUCCACAAACCCACAAAACCCGCAGCGGAAGUAAAUCUACCACCAAACUUACCCUUGUCUCUCAGCGUUCUGAAAAAACCCGAACGGAAACCCUCGUCGGACGACGACGUAAUAGUGAUCGAAUGAUUUUUGUACAUGCAUAAGAACUAAGUUCGCAUUUCGUGUUAGUAAAUAGUAAUUCUAUAAACAAUAAAUUUUUCGCCUAUUUA